AUGGCAGUAGUUGGUGCUCUUGGUCACGUCUGGAAUGCUGACGCUUACUUUAAUACUGGCUACAUGUUUCAACGCGCAGCAGAUUUUGAGGUAGAUGUUUCUCAAACAGGUCAGGUACCAGCGCUGUACCAAAGCGAGCGCUACUUUGACUUGAAGCAAGUUGAUCUCGUGUACAAUUUCCCUGUAUCCGUGCCGGGUAAAUACUUGGUGGAGCUUCAUUUUGCGGAAAUUUGUGACUGUGUUUCCAAGAGAAAGCAGCGCCGCUUUCAUGUUCGCAUCGAGGGCAAGCGUGUCGAAAAAAAGCUCGACCUGUUUCGUGAUCAUGGGUGGGGGGUGGCCAUCCGUCGUUUGUAUGAGUUACUGGUCAAAGAUAAUGCUGUGACGAUUCAGUUCCAGAAGAAGCAGGGGAAUCCUAAAAUUUCGGCCAUCGCCAUUUACCCACCUGGUGUUGCAGCUCAGCUUCCAACGACGCCACUUCCAGUUGCUACAUCCGCAUCACCAGCAUCUUUAACGACACCACCGGCAACAACCACAUCCAAGGACGACGCGAGCGCCUUCCAAAUCCCCAUCUACCGUAUCAAUUGCGGUGGAUUGAGCUUUUUUGACUCGAAGACGGGGCACGAGUGGUACGGCGACCUAUUCUCUUCAACAGGCAAAGCGAUUGAAGAUGCAAGCAUUCAAGUAACAAACAACGGGGUCGAUCGCUAUCUCUAUCAAACGUAUCGUCGCGGCACAAACAAGGAGCCAAGCCUCGUUUACAAUCUUCCGGCACAAUCGCAAGUUGGGGAGCCCGUCAUGUUACUGCUUCACUUUUUGGAAUUCUGUGCCGAUUGCGAGCGCACAUUUCACGUUUACGUCGGACAAACUCGAGUGGCAAAGUCAUUUCGCACCAUGGAUGUUACUGGAAUUCGCUCUCGAGCGGUGGUUGUGCCAUUUUUUGGGCGCAUCAGUGAUGAUGGCAUGCUGCAACUACGACUUGAAUAUGCUGGGACUAACAAGGACUGGCCUCUUCUGAUGGGCAUUGAGCUCUAUGGGCGUGAGCAAACUGCCACACAAACGCAAGAUGUGGCCUCCGCGUCUUCGAGCGCAAGUCUGCCAGCAGCGACGUCAGCUCCUGCGCCUACCACUGUGUCCACCUCUCAAUCAACCCCAGCUGGUUCAAUUCUGUAUCGCAUUAAUGCAGGGGGCCAUUCUUACUCUGCAGCUUCAGGGGCAGAAUGGCAGGAGGACAAUCACUUUGGCACCGGUGUUGCCAAUGUACAGACAUCUGCCAGUGUACCCAGUGCUACGGAGCCAGGGAUUUACCAGUCUGCACGUGUAGGCGAUGGUUUGCACGAUGUUGUGUACCAAGUGCCAAUCCCCAUUCGUGGUAUCUUUACGGUUGAGCUAUAUUUUGCUGAGACCUGUGAUUGUGCUACUCAUAUCGGUGAUCGUGUCUUUGGCGUCACGGUUGAAGGUCUGCAAGUUGCUUCAAGGCUGGAUCUGGUCGCUGCGGCAGGGUGGAGCCGUGCUUUUGUCCUUUCAGUCAUGGUUGAGGUGACCGAUGGUAUGUUGAAUCUGAUUCUUAGCCAAGAUCCAGCAACUCUACCCCCUGUACUGAAUGGCCUCCAGAUAGCAUUUGAGGAAGCAACUGAAUCGGCUGUCACAACAACGAUGACCACCCUUGUUACAACAUCUACCACGACGAUCACAACCACAACUACAACCACAAGAUCUUUGACCACGAUUCCUGAUGCCGAUCAGCCGAUGGGCUAUGUUGCUCUCGCACGGAUCAACUGCGGCAGCACAGCUGCCUACGUAGACUCCCAUGGUCGCUUGUGGAACCCUGACUAUGGUUUUGUCGGAGGCACGUCAUUUGAGAUGCCGGAGCUCGGCAUUGCAAACACGCGGGAUCCGCGCCUCUUUCAAUCUGAACGAUAUGGCCUUGGCACGCUGCGAUAUGAGAUUCCGGUUCCUGCACCCGAUCUUUACUUUGUGAGGUUGCAUUUUGCUGAUAUCUGUCCCUGCACUCUGGGCGUCGGGAGUCGCAUCUUUAAGGUUUGUUUUUGA